UUGACGUCAAUGACACUAAGCUCCGCCGCUAAGUGUGCCUCUGCUUCCCAGAGAGAAGCCACGCCCUGCGCUGCAUGCGAUUGGUCAUUUCGCCUUGCGGCGUCACUGCACUGAACGCUGCCCUGGGUGAGGCAGGCCAGAAUUGGAUUGUGGAUGGCUGUUAGGUGGCGCGACUCCCUUAUUGGUAAUGAGAGUGUGUGUCGGGCACAGGCUGGAGCUGCAUGGAAUACUAUGUCUGCGAGAUGCCCGUAUCGCUCCUCUGAAUCAGUGUCUUCCUGAGUGCUCAGAAGGCAUUAUGGGAACUCCAGCAUCAGUGGUCACCUCACCAUCAGCCCCCUGGCAAGGACCAGUGCCAAGAUCAAGGAAAAAGGCUUCUGCUAAUAUUUUCAAGGACAUUAACCUUCUUCAGAUACAGACUCUGUUCCGCACCAGUGGGGAUGAGUGCGCCGAGGAGCGGGCGCGGAUCAUAUGUGAAUAUGCAGAGGACAAGCGGGUAGCAGAGGCCUUGAUUCGGCUCAGAAGGAAGAAAAGGGGUAAACGAGCCCACAGGCUGUCUCCCAAAGCAAGCAAUGAUAGAAUCGGAACUCUGUCUGUGCAGCAUUUCAGUAAGCUUUGUAUUAAUGAAGCUGAUCACAAAGGAAGUACAGAUACUGAGGAUAAUAACCCUGACCAACCAAGCAGCACUGUCCAAGAACCACAGCCAUGUGAGACAAAGAAAGAGACGGCAACAACUAGAAGAGGGAAGGGUAAAGUUAGGAAAGAGGCACAGGAACGGCUCUCGGACUAUCUGCAUCAGAUAAAGCGAUGAUUUAUUCUAAAAUGUUUAACAAUAGAAAUAUGUGUCAAUGCUGCUAUGUAUUGCAAUACUAUGCCUCUGCCUUGGGAAAGGUGAUUUAAAACUCUAGUACAAUUUCUUCAAAAAUUCAUCAAAGAAUACUGGACAACUGACUGUACCACUGCAAUGAAUUGGCCGGCUGGAACCAACAAACUAAAUGAACAAGUCAAUGUUUCCUCUGGAGAAUCUUUCACAUCUUUAACAUGGCCUCUGCUAUUUUUCACAUGCACUGACAUCUCAUGGGUUCUAGUGCUAUAAAGGCAAUACAUUGGAAUGCAUGAAAUUGGCACGAUAAGCUAGUCAGCAUAAACAUAUACAGAACGAAGACCCUAAACUAAUAGAAUCACCAUUUCCUUUCAGAGUUCAUAAUAAUAUUUAACGAAACAGACCAGUUUGAGAAGUAAAAUGUAACAGAUACUGAUAAUUUGGUGGCACGGGUUACAAAAUGUAAUGAAAGCAUCUCAGACCAAGGAGUCAAAUGCUGCUAUAUACAUCACUAAGUUGAAUGCACUAAUAAGUGUAGACAUACAUUUCUGUAAAUAUGUUACUAAUCUAAUUGCUGCUUAUUUAAAGAACCCCAAUACAUUGUACUAAAUGUAUGAUUUAUUGAUAUAAUUGGGUUUAAAGGGUACCUAUCGCAGCCAAAAUCAAACACAUAUUAACAAUCUGACCAGUACAACCUAAAUCAAACUACAUAUACAGUUUUAAAAAAACAUCAGUUUUAAAAAAAUCCCUCUCUUUCACUGAGGGAGUCCAUACUGUGACAGUAACAUGCAAAUAAAUUCACGAGCAUGCUCAGAUUGAAGAACUGCCUUGAGUAUUCUACCCAGAAUGCCUAGCUUUAGUAAACUCCUGCACUAGAAGUAUCACGAGAUUUCCCUAUUGUGUCCCCUGCUGGUGAUGUCAUUAUGCAAAUGAAGGGCACACACUUACUUCCAGAGAAGUGGCAGCACUACUGAACAGCAGCUAACACAGAGUUUUGGCUGAUUUGGAAAUAGUUUAGAAGGGUUGCUAGGCAACCAGGGGAUUUCAACCGAGCAUGUGCGCGAUUUCAGAGCUGUGAAGAUAUAAGUAGGAGGAGCCAGUGAAAUCUAAGAUGUCUGCCUCAGCUAGAACUGCAGUGGAGAUAGGGGAGAUUUUGCAGAAGGUAUAAUGAGAUGAUGAUUUACAAACAUUUCUAACUGUUUUAAAAAUCGGAUUUCUUGAACUUUAAGGGUCUUUACUUAGUAAAUUAUUUUAGUUAUGAUUGGUGCCCUUUAAAUAAUUAUUUAUAGUUUUCUUGGCCUUCAUGUCUGACAAAGGACAUCACAAAGAAUCCUUCUCAUUAUGGGGGUUGAUGGCGAAAUACACAAACAUGCAUAUAUUUAGCACCCGCAUUGCAAAUCCAUAUUAACCAAUCUGCUGUUAACCUUACAGUUCUAGUUCUGUUAAACUGACAACUCUGAUUGGCUAGUGUGGGUUGCAGCAUUGCGCCUGCAUUUGUUUAUUCUGCCUUCACAAUCUGUGUUAGAGAAUUGUCACCCAUGCAAUUAAUAUGUGACAAUCUCACUGUAACUGCACUGGAAUCCAAUAAUAAUAGCCUAGUGCCUUUUUAUUUUCACAAGCACAAAACCGUAUUCUUUCUAGCAGGUUUGUUUUUUUGCACUACUGAUCAAAUGAUCAUUAUAGGUACAGAUGCAAUAAAGAUGGAAGAUGCACAAUUUUCUAGAUUUGAUACUACCUGCCCCUUUCUUAGGAGAGCAAUGUAUAUUUAAGGCUCAGUACCCCUUAAUGCUUGGCAGUGAAAUUGGGGUAAUUUACUUAUAUAGGUGCUAAACUGCAAUUCCCUGUACAACCAAUCAGAUGUUGCUGACUGGCUGCAACCAUACAGUUGCAGUUUAGUACCAGUGUUAGUAUAUUAGCCCCACGUGAGUGUGUGAACUAAUAACAGUCUAGCAGAAAUGGCAAAAACAGAAAAUAAGAUAUUUGAAAUAUUAUUUGCUGUUUGAAGCAGAGUGUUUAUUUGGAGAGGGGAUUUCUUUGCACACUGGCUGUCCCCCUAGAGCAGGGCUCCUGUUUUAUGACUACUAAUAAAUAUAGCAAGCAAUAUUGAGGUUAAAAAGUGUAUUAUAGUUCAGCAAUACUUUGUUCAGUGUUUGCAUAUUUUUUCACUAUUAAAACACUAAUCUGUUUGUCUGUAAUUUUAAAUUGUACAUUGAAUUGCUGUGCCUGUCUUGCUCUGUGGGCCAAGCCAAUAAACCCUGAUCCCUGGCAUUGUUGGUGCCACUGAUUCACAAAGUUUUAAGUGCUGAUGGGCAGAACUGGGGCAACAAUCAAGAGCUUUCAAUUGUGUCAAACUUCUGUGGGGCAAGGCCAAUAGCAGAUUGUUCAACUGCUAUACUUGCUUUAGUAAUUGGGUUGCUAUCCUUCUCAGGCAAGCAGAUAUUGGCAUUUUGACUGCUUCUAUUUCUGGCCAGAUUACAGCGGCAGUCAAAACAACCUUCGUGCUUCUUUACAGUGAGAACAUUUUUGGAAAAUGUACAGAAAAAGAAAGGUCAUUCUGAGACCCCUUUAUAUUCAAUUCUAGGCAUUAAUAGAAAUCUAAUAUAAUGGAAGAUCCCAUGUUUUACAAAACCAAGCAAAUAGUAGUAACAUCUCAGCCACUGUGUGGACGAAUAAAAUAAUUUGUAUCACAAGUUGAAUGUUUACCUGCAUGUGACAGGAACAUUUGUAAUAAAUGGCAUAAAUUAAA